AUGGUUGAAAAGGACAAAAGAACCAAAGUAAACCAGCUGAAGCAAACACUGGAGAGUCUGAAAGAGGGGACAUCAGGCAUGGCUGGUUCCAGGAGCACCAACGGAUUCAAGUCCAGCAGCAAAGAGAAAGCCCCUCAUCUGCUCAACCUAACACAACCUUUCGCGCAGGCCCAGCCCCCCGGGGGUGGAGCCGCUCCUCCCCCACCCCCUCGCAGCGGGUCCUUGAUAAACCCGGAGCCGGGCCAGCGCGCCCGCCCCGUGCCGCCGGAAGGAGGGCGGCUCCGCAGCGUGUGCGCCCCUCGCCAUGGCGGCGCCGUCGCGGUUCCUGAUACGCGGUGGGCGCGUGGUCAACGACGACUCCUCGCAGGUGGCCGACGUGCUGGUGGAGGACGGCGUGGUGCGGGCGCUGGGGCGCGACCUGCUGCCGCCCGGGGACGCGCCGGCCGGGCUGCGGGUCCCAGACGCCGCCGGCAAGCUGGUCUUGCCCGGCGGCAUCGACACGCACACGCAGUUCCCCUUCAUGGGCUCGCGGUCCGUGGACGACUUCUACCAGCGCACCAAGAUAGCUGUGAAGCUCCUCUGGCGUCUGCCCUGCCCCGGGCUUCCUUCAGCAGCUCCUCAGAGCGGUCCAGCAGCCACGGCCCUGGCUUUGCAAGCCUUAAUCGCAGAGACGGAGCUGGUGGCUGGUCUCCCCUUGUGUCAAAUAAAUACCAGUGGCUGCAGAUUGACCUUGGAGAAAGAAUGGAGGUCACAGCUGUGGCCACCCAGGGAGGAUACGGGAGCUCCGACUGGGUGACCAGCUACCUCCUGAUGUUCAGCGAUGGCGGGAGGAACUGGAAGCAAUAUCGACGAGAGGAAAGCAUCUGGCAGCAGGACACAAAGUACAGUCAACAAAGGAAAAGGCAAGUGGACCAAAGUCUGGAGGGAACCAGAGGCAAGCUCCCUCGAGUCCUCUGCCAGUGGAACCACACAGGACACGCGCUGGGACCUGGGACCCUUUGCUGCAGUGUUGCAGUGCUUGCACCUCGACACACCUCUCCUCGAGCAACAAAAUAACAAAGAAACUGUAUGGGACUAAAAAUAAUGACGUGCACGCCCAGUUGGGGCAAAUUCUGGACGAAAGAUACAAAGAGACCAAAAAACCCAACUGCCACUUUUGAAGAUCCCAGAGCAAAAGCAGGGUACUGCACGUGCCCCCUGCACACAACACCACCUAAGCGGUGGGCAAACCACCUAAGCCACCCUUCUGGCCCGACCCCUGGACACACCCCUGCCCUCACGCCAUAUAACAGGGGUCCCCAACCCCCAGGCCGCAGCCUGGUAGGAAUCAGGCUGCACAGCAGGAGGUGAGUGGCAGGGGAGCGAGUAAAGCUUCAUCUCCUGCUCCCCAUCGCUCACAUUACUGCCUGAAACAUCCCCCCACCCCACCCCCUGCCGGUCCGUGGAAAAAUGGUCUUCCAUGAAACCGGUCCCUGGUGCCAAAAAGGUUUGGGGACCACUGCCAUCUAAGCAGCAAGCUCGCCCCCGCUUAGGGAGCACGCAAGCAAAGGAGCCUGUUGUUUGUUCUCGCUCCCCCUUGCUGCAGCAGGGGCCCCAAUAAAGCCUUGCCUGAAUUUCUUGUCUGGCCUUUGAUCAAUUUUUAUUGUUUAAGGACGCCAAGAACCCUGGUCGGUAACAAUUUCAAAAUACGGUCUUGAUGUCAUUGGAAGUAAUUUUUUUCUGACUUUUUCUCUGUUUUCAACAUCUUUGCCAGCAAAAGACAUGUUCCCAGAUGUCUUCUAAAAUGUUUUCUUCCUGAUCAUUUAGAAAGAUUGGGAAAGAAAGAGUAUUGAGAAACUUGAGCUGUACCUUUGCUGCACAGGAAGGGUGAGCUGUGUUCCAUCCUAGAUUAAUAUUUCAAGCAGGAGGGAAAAAAAAAAGUAAAAGCCUAUAACUUUAGCAAUGUGUUUGAAAAAUACUUGAUUUCAAUAAUGUUUCUAUCAUGCUUACGUUGCAGCUGUCUAAACAAUACAGAUAACAAAAGCAUGUCAAUUAAAAGCAGCAUUUAGGACCCAGUUUCACAGAUCUGCAUUGGCCCUGGGUUUCGGUUUAUUUCAGGGCCAGGCGCUGUGAGUUCCUGUGUGGUGUAGUUGUGCUCAGCCAUGGGGCAGGUGGGUUCCCUCUUGCUGUAGGAGAAGGUGGUGGGACACACGGAGAUGGUUAUCUCUUUCUGCUUUUGACUCUCCUGACUUGCUUCCACCAAGAGGCCAUAAACCCAAACUGGAAAUACUGAUUAAGUGCAUACUUUUUCCAACACAUUGACCACAACUUGAGAUUUUCAUGGCGGAAUAUAUUACAUAAAUGUCUGGAAAGCCAAUAUUUUAAGUGCACUUUAGGUAGAUGUUUGCUUACUUUAAUCAAGCAGAAGAAUAGAUUAUUCUUUUACCUUCAGGAACGUGUUGAGGUAAAUUUAUCUACAGAAGGGAAAACUUUAGAGUUCACCUGGUACAAAGCACCCGCAUCCGGAUAAACUAAGGUUGUUACCGAGUCCAAGCUUGCUGUGCUUGCUGCACGACAGGCCAAUAAAUCAGAGAUGACGCAUUGAGGGAAAGAAUACGACUUUAUUCGGAAAGCCAGCAGACCGAGAAGAUGGCAGACUAAAGUCUCAAAAUAACCAUCUUAUCGGGGUUUGGAUGCCAGUUUCUUUUAUAGCACAGAGAUGGGGAGGAGAUGAGGAGAUAAAGUAAAAGGGCCAUUAGUUUUGCGAAUAUCCCCUGGAAUGGCCAGCCUCAGGGAGGGGAUGUGUUAAUUUCUUUUUAAUUGCAGCCAUCCACAGGUGGACAGAGUCCGUAUGUUUCCCUGAACAAAGGCACUUUGGUUUAACAUUCAGGCAGAGGAACAGGGUUCCCCCGAGGCAGGCCAUUAUGUACAGACAGUAUCCUUUUAGUGAACAAAAGCAGCGGAAGGCAAAGGUUAAAGUCAAAGAAACAGAUCCAACGUGUAGUCAGAUUUGGUUCUUCCCUGUAACAAGGUCUCAAAGAGUGAGUGACUCCCUCCAGGUCACAUAUAAUAAUAAUAUAUAUAAUAAUAAAAAUUAUUCUGGUAGAGAAAAGAAUGCAGAACUCUAGCCACUCUAACUCCUUAGUUAAAAAAUGAGAUUUAUUUGCAGGAUAAGAAUGAUGCUGCUAUUAAAAAUAAUAAUAGCAAUAGCAAGUUUGAAAACUUUCACGUGGACCUAUUCAGGUGCUUCAUUGGCAUUUAAGGCCUUCUAAGUAUCUGUGCUAGCCUCCUUCAGGUCAGCCUGUGUUGCUGGGAAACUGCUUUUCUCACUACUCUCUGGACAAAACUCUGGGUCUAGUUUCCAUUAUUCCGUGGAGUGUUUUUAGAUCCCACCCGUUGUUAAACACACACACUUUUGUUAUUAAUACAAGGACAGAAUUUUCAGAGUUUUUUCUUUGUCUUUUAUUGUUAACAUUUUUUUAAUUGAGGUAUAAUUGACGUAACAUUACAUUGGUCGCAGGUGUACAAUGUCAGGAUUUGAUGUUUGUAUAUGUUGCAGAGUGAUCACCACAAUAAGUCCACUUAACAUCCACCACCUCACAUAGUUACAACACUUUUUUUCUUGUGAUGAGAAUUUUGAAGAGCCACUCUUCUAGCUACCUUUAAAUAUGCAAUACAGUAUUAUUAACGUACAUAGUCACCAUGCUGUGAAAGUCCCAUCCCCAUGACUUACUCAUUUUAUAACUGGAAGUUUGUACCUUUUAACCUCCCUCACCCAUUUGGCUCACUCAUCCCCUGCCUCAGGCAGCCACCAGUCUGUUCUCUAUCUGUGAGCUUGACAUUUUUUUGUUUGUUUUUUAAGGUCCCAUAUAUGUGAGAUGAUACGGUAUUUAUCUUUUUCUGUCUGGCUUAUUUCACUUAGCAUAGUGCCCUAAAGGUCCAUCCAUGAUGUUGCAAACAGCAAGAUUUCAUUCUUUUUUAUGACUGAAUAAUCAAAAACAGAUUUUUUAUUGGUUCUUUAGUAGAUGCCAGCUUCUGAUAUCAGCUUUUAGGUGAAAUUAUUGUUAAUCUUUUUAUGUGUGAUUUUAUGAGUCAGAGUUCAGAAGACCAUUUGGAUUUGAUGUUGUAGGCAGAUGUUGAAAAUUCAGUUUUUUAAUAGAAUCUUGUACUGUUUUGUAGAUUUUACUUUUUGGAUUUGAUUCUCAAAAAGAAAUCUUAACCUGUAAAAUGUUUCUUACUUCCUUUUCUUACCAGAAGAGAUAUUAGGAAUCAUCUAGGAAACAAAUGUAGCAGUUUUAUGCAAUUUAAGCAAUAAAAAUGAGUUUCAAAAUCCUCCUUUACUACCAGUAAAGCUUGAAUUUUGUACUUAAAUACAAUAUUUUCCCCCUUCCCCUUUUACCCAAGAUUUACCCGCCUAUUAAUGUGCUGCCCUCGUUGUCUCGGUGAAUGAA